UUAAUUUUCUCAUAGUUUUUCAGUGAUUCUUAGUUGUCAAUCAUGAUUGUACUUUUAAUGACCUUUGUACUUUAACAUCUUGUACACGGCAACUUUGUCAUUUAGAUUUGAUGAAUGUAUUUGAAAAUUAUUCAAACAAUGAAAUUAUAUUGCCAGUUGGGGUGUGGGUAUAGAUAAGAGCUGAAUUCUCUCCUACCACCACAGCCACACCUUCCUCGGUAUUAAAAUACGAGCAGAUGAUGACUUGGACUGUUCCUUGAAAUAUAGGUUUGAAGUUCCUCUAUGUGAAACACAUGUGAAAAUCAAAAUUACAUCGAAACGAAACGUCCUUUUCGUGCAUUUUGCUGAAUACUUUUCGAAAAUGAAGGAUUUCAAAAUAACUAGAUUUUAUAUAGUAUCGGUCAAAAAGAUGUCCCAGAAUCUCCGCUAUCGAUUACUGAAAUCUACAGAUCGUUAGUUAAUACCAUUCUCGAGUUCUAUGACUUGCCUUCAUCCCGUUUAAAUUCUGACGCCGGCAUCAGAACGUGUUUCAUAUUUUAAAAUGGCAGAAAUUGCACACAUAGUUUUUCUGAUUUUCAAUAUUAAUAAUUAUAAAAAAAAAAAUUUUAAUAUUGUAAAAUAAAUUAUCUUCGUUGUCUUAGUUCAAAGCAACAUUUAAAAAAUCUUUUUGAUGAUGGUUUUACAAUAAAAAUUCGUUUACAAUCUUCACUGAAUUCAACAUUAGAUCAAACAGUUCUCGAUUGUUUUUCAUCAAAUUUUACCUUAAAAGAACAUCAUAUAAAUAUAUUACAAUAUGAAAUAGCUGAAAAAUAG